CGGCUUCCGUUAUAAGCACGUACUUUUUGUCGAUCGUUUUCAUUAAAAUGUAAAGAACUGUCGAAAGAAUAAUCUUUUCGGCAGGUUUUAGGUGUCUAAAAUGACAUAGCGAUAUCGAAACUGUAAGGUAUUUGCGGAGAGGAUUGCUGGAUGUAUUAAUACGCGUUACCGAGAAAGAGAAAAACGCUCGCGGCAAAAUGUCAAAGAGACCUCCGGAUAGUGGGGAUUCGGGUUCCCAACCACCUAUUAAAAAAGUUCAAUUCGAACCGAUUUUAAUCGGGCCUAUUUCAACCCUCGAAGAAAUGGACAUGAAAGUUUUACAGUUUCAAAAUAAAAAAUUGGCCCAGAGACUAGAGCAGCGUCAUAGAGUAGAGGCUGAAUUAAGGCAACGAAUUGAACAGUUGGAAAAACGACAAAUGCAAGAUGAUGCAGUGCUUAAUGUUGUCAAUCGUUAUUGGAAUCAAUUGAAUGAAGAUAUACGUGUAUUACUUCAGAGAUUUGAUGCUGAAACAGCUGAUGAAUCUGAAAAUAAAAAUGAAAGUGAAGCUACAACAUCAUUUCUCAUGCAGCUUUCUUCAUGGGACAAAGAAGAGUUAGAUGAUAAAUUAGCAAAUCGUGUUCAAGUGUCCAAACGUGCAGUUUCAAAAGUAGUACAAGCAUUUGACCGUCUUUCUCAAAGAAAUGAAAAGAUUACUCUUGCACUUAAAGGAGAAUUUGAUGGAGACGAAGCACCCAAUAUUGAUGAAGUUGUGCGUAGAGCAAAUUCGGAGAUACAAAUGGAAAAUAGGAACCUUCAAGCAAUAAAUAUACAACUUCAUGAAAAAUAUCACACUAUUUCAUUGAAGAUGUCAGAACUGCAAGAUACCAUAACAGGGAAAGAUACACUUGCCGCAGAGCUUCGUAACCAGGUAGAUGAUCUUCAGUACGAACUGAAUAAAGUGAGAGCGCGUAAUGAUAAAUUAGAACAUCACCUUGGAGAAGCAAUUGAGAAACUAAAAGCGUUUCAACAAAUACACGGUACAGAUGAAAAAGGAAGUAAUAAACCCAAUACUUUAGUUGCUUCAAGUGUGUCACAGACAAAGCUUGAAGAUUUACAAAGGGAAUUGGAAGAAACCAGAGAAUUAGCUAAUAACAGAUUACAAGAACUGGAUAAACUACAUCAACAGCAUCGAGACGCAUUGAAAGAAGUAGAAAAAUUAAAAAUGGAUAUACGACAACUUCCAGAAUCGGUAAUUGUUGAGACGACUGAAUACAAAUGUUUACAGUCGCAAUUUUCUGUGUUAUAUAAUGAAUCAAUGCAAUUGAAAACACAAUUAGAUGAUGCUCGUCAGCAACUGCAAUCCAGUAAAAACGCUCACUUACGGCAUAUUGAAAUGAUGGAGAGCGAAGAGUUGAUGGCACAAAAAAAACUACGUGGAGAAUGCAUACAAUUGGAAGAUGUUUUGGCUCAAUUACGAAAGGAAUAUGAAAUGUUAAGAAUUGAAUUUGAACAAAAUUUAGCUGCAAACGAGCAAACAGGACCGAUAAAUCGAGAAAUGAGACAUUUGAUCACAUCUUUGCAAAAUCACAAUCAACAGCUUAAAGGCGAGGUUCAUCGUUAUAAACGGAAGUACAAAGAAGCUUCAUCAGAAAUACCAAAACUGAAGAAAGAAAUUGAGGAACUAACGACGAAGUUGGGCCAACAAACAUCCCAGGAGAACAAAGAAGGGAAUAAUUCAGAUGGCAGUGGAAAAGAAGAAGAUGCAUCGAAUUCUCUUCCAGGUUCUACACAGAUAAAGGAAGAGAGUGGAGUUUCAAUAAAAAGAGAAUCUGGAGAAGAAGAAGUAGAAACUAUUGAAGUUGGAGAAGGAGAAGGAAACAAAGGUACUCCAGAUUCUUUGACAUUAACGUCUCCAACUCUAAAGAAAGAAAAAGAUAUUAAACGUGAAAAAGAUAUAAAGAAGGAAGCUGUCAAAACCGAACAUCGCGAUCCUGUUCAUCGUGCCAAAGACACAAAAGUAGCGGAAUCAGAACUUGUUAGAGAUCUGAAAGCGCAACUAAAAAAGGCUGUGAAUGAAAUGAAAGAAAUGAAAUUAUUAUUAGAUAUGUACAAAGGUGUUGGAAAAGAACAAAGAGAUAAAGUGCAAUUAAUGGCAGCUGAACGGAAAACGAGAGCGGAAUUAGAUGAAUUACGCCAACAGAUAAAGAAAAUUCAGGAAAGUAAGAGAGAAGAGCGUAAAAAGUUGGCAGAUGAAGAUGCACAAAUAAAGAUUAAGAAAUUAGAAGAACAAGCAUACACUCUUCAGCGUCAAGUUGCUUCUCAAAAGCAGAAUUGUGUGUGGUUUCAGGAGGAGGAGGCUCUUUUGAACGAAAUGGAGGUAACUGGGCAAGCUUUUGAAGACAUGCAAGAACAGAAUUCUAGGCUAAUUCAACAGUUACGUGAAAAAGAUGAUGCAAAUUUUAAACUUAUGACAGAAAGAAUUAAAAGUAAUCAAUUACAUAAAUUAGCUAGAGAGGAAAAAGAUGUUUUAAAAGAACAAGUUUCUACAUUAACAACUCAAGUCGAAGCUGCUAAUGUCGUCGUUCGUAAAUUAGAAGAGAAGGAGCGCCUUUUACAAAAUUCCCUUGCUACUGUUGAAAAAGAAUUGGCUUUGAGGCAACAGGCAAUGGAAAUGCAUAAAAGAAAAGCUAUCGAAAGUGCCCAGUCUGCAGCUGAUUUAAAACUUCAUCUUGAAAAAUAUCAUUCCCAAAUGAAAGAAGCACAACAAGUUGUAGCUGAAAAAACUAGUUCUUUGGAGGCAGAAGCAUAUAAAACAAAAAGAUUACAGGAAGAAAUAGCUCAAUUGAGACGUAAAGUUGAAAGAAUGAAGAAAAUAGAACUUGCUGAAACAUUGGAUGAAGUAAUGGCUGAGGAGCUUCGAGAAUAUAAGGAAACACUUACUUGUCCUUCUUGUAAAGUUAAACGUAAAGAUGCGGUUCUAACAAAAUGUUUUCACGUAUUUUGUUGGGAUUGUUUACGUACACGAUAUGAGACUAGGCAACGAAAAUGUCCAAAAUGUAAUUGCGCUUUUGGAGCUAAUGAUUAUCAUCGUUUAUAUUUAUCCACAUGAAGAAGAAAAGCUUAAAUUAUUAAGAUUCAUGUGACUCUCAGCUGAAUUGUGUAAAUCUUUCUUACUCCUACGAUGUGCACCUUUUCUUAUAUUUUUUAUUUAUUGUCGUGAUCAUUGGUAAAUGAAAAAUACAGUUGCACAUUUCUUGUAAAGAAAGGAGGCUGAAAAACCAAAUUCUGUAAAAAAAUGCCUACUAUUUCUUCAAAUGUAAUGUAAAAAAUAAUACUGCAUUUUUAAUCUAUUUUGUGAUGAUUUCACUGAAUAAGAUAUUAUUUUCAUAAAUUUUAUGUAAGAUCAAAUCUUACAAAAUGUAUUUUGGUUUCUUUUGUUUUUCUUUCUUUUGGUAGUAACAUAAUGGAUAAGAUAUUGGAAUACUGAAAUGUACGAUAAUUUUAGAUAUAAAAUUUGGCGCUUGUAUGAAAUUUAUUCAUAAAGUUAGAAAAUUUGAAUUGAAGAGUAGAUUCAAUUUUAUGAAUGGUUCGAAAUAGCAGGUAUAUUGUAAUAUAUUAUAAAUAGACAUUUAAAGUAUCGUAAUUUCAUAAAGAAAUGAAAACAUUUGUUUGACAAUUAUUAUUUUAUAAAAAGUCCUUAUUUAAAAUACUAAAGGACAUUUAGCUUUGUAAGAAUCACUUGAUAGUAUCCUUUUCUCGAGAAAUUGAAAUAUUAGUGAACUAGAGACAUAAUUUAUUAUGAUAAAAAUAUAUGUAAAAAGUAGAAAAAAUGCUUAAUUUAGAAAUCUCUACUUAUUCAAUUGAAAUGUUCUUUUAGAUUUUGCCUAGUAUAAUAUUAUCUUUCUAUUUUUGUUAAUAAAUAUCUCAGUUCUAUGAAGCAAAUAAAUAUGAAUAUAUUCCUAUUAUAUAUUACAUAUUACUAUAUACAUAAAUGACGAUUUGAUAAAAAAGUAAGAUUAAAUGCAUUACAAAUGAUGUAAAAAUAGAAUAAUAAUCGUCGUUCAAUGAUAUAAUUUACAAUAUUUUGUAAACAAAGACUAAAAGAUGUAUAUCAAUAGCUUAAAGCAUAAAUAGAAGAGAAAAUAGCUUUUAAAUCAAAUUUUUAAUGAUUUAUAAUAAUUCAUUGUAUCAUGUUUUUAAAAGAAAUUAACAAAUGUAUCAACUUAUAUACCUAGUAAAGGAUGUUUCCUGACUUACAUAGAAGUUUGUUGUUAUCUUAAUUUGAUCUUAAUUAAAAUUUUCUUUCAUGAUACUAACAUAUAAUUACCUCUUUUGUUAGAAUAUUGAUAAUAAUACUAAUAAAUAUCUAACAAAAAUUUGUUAAUGCACAUUUUGAUAUUCAUAUACUUAAUUAUGAAAUAUAUAACUGUGUUAACAAUGUUUGAAAACUUAAAAAAGCAAUUUUAUAUUAUGUAUGUAUAUUUUCACAAAUUUCUACAAACAAGGUUUUAUUAUAUGUUGAUAUGGUAAAAGGAAAGUUAUCAUUUCAUUUAUAUAAGAUUAUUACAAUAAAUUUUGUAUCUAUAGUAAAUUGUAUAACACUUCAUCAUCUUUUUAAUGACAUGCUUGUGAAGAAGCAACGAAUUAAUAAAGUCUCAUUGAUAAUCCAUGAACAUUCUUUAACUAUAAAUGUAGAAAUUAUUUCAAACAAAACAGAACAUUAAAUGUGAAAAUAAAUUAUUAUAAAUCAAUUGUAUACAUAUAUUAGGGUUCAAUAUACACAGACACUGUCUUUUGCAAAUCAUUAUCACAAUCUUGAAAAUUAAAUUUCAUAAAGAAGUUCAAGUUAGCUGCAAUAUUUGUCAAGAUUAUUGCACAUGCAAUAGUUGUUCAAUCAGGAAUUUUUCAACUUUAGAAAUGUUGAGAAACGUAGCAUAUUGAAUUAAAGUUUUAUGAGAAAUUGAAUUUAAUCCUUACAAUAUUAUUUUAGAUUCGCAUAAACGAACAUUUUAUUAAAAUAUGACACCCGAUGAAAAAAACGAGCUACUUAUAAAUAACAUUUUGUUUGCAAUUUUGUAAACCGUCUUGUAUACAUAUAUUUAUUGCAAUAUAACAAUAAUACAAUAAAUUCAAUAUUGUAAAUUUAUUUAUCCGAAGCGAGGGACCUAACGUCCUUUUACAGAGUUAAUUAUUAUCAUUAUCGUCGGCAAUCAUUAGUAAACAAAUCAUCUAAAUACCUUAUUAAAAGAGACUCGCUAUUGUUAAAAGGUAAUCGGAAAUUUUUUGAUACACUUUGCACUCAUGAAAUAUAUGACGAACACUUUUUAUUAUAUGCAAGUUUUCUGUCCGACAAAAAGCAUAUAGUUAUGUACGUGUACCUACGUAUACGUGUAUAUAUGUAUGUAAAAACUUGUAAUGUAAAUAUGAAUGGAGGACAAAUACAUUUCGUAUUAAUUAUUUCAUAAUAGAAUUCGUGCUAUCUAU